GGCCGCAAGAUGAUUUCGGGAAAGACCAUCAAGCUGGUGGUCUUCGAGCUGCUGGAGUUUGUGGCCUUCUCCGUCCCCACCCUGGUGAUUGUGGAGAAGUUCGCCACGUCCUUCCAGGGGGAGCAGAGCACGCCCGGGAGGACACAUUACUGGCUGAUUGUUUCUUGCUCCAUUGCUUAUGUGGCUUCCACGACCCUGCUGAUCUGGGUGCCUGUCAAGGUCCUCCUGUAUAAGAAACCUCACCUGUACAAAAAGAUCAAAGGAUGGAGACCUGUUAUGAUGAUGAGUGUGGUACUCACCACCCUACCCAGCUUCAGCUUCUCUAUAGCAACGACGGAGAUUAAGAAAAAUGGCACUUCUAUUGGCCUGCCUGAUACCAUACCUGACCUGCCCGUCUCUCUGGUUCUGACGUGCCUGAUUAUACUUGACAUUAUUGAAAAGCUCAGGACAUAUCCUCUGAGAGGGACACAAAAGAUUGAUGAUGACCAACACAGCCAGGAAACCACUCUGCAGAAUAUCAGAACCGUUUCCGACGGAGUGACUCAAAGUGACGGCAAGUCAGCGGCUCCACAGCCCGCCAGGAGGACCAAGGUCCCGCCCACCAACACCCAGAGCCCCACUGUGCAGCCAGAGGGACCCCAGGAACCCAACUUCCAGUUGAGCAUCUGGAGCACAGUGUCCCACCAGGACAGACGCGCCGAAAUAUUCCUGUGGAGCUUUGUGAACUGGUCGGAUACGGUGGAGAUGGUGCGUGUGGCCGGCCACCCUGCUGUGUACAAGACUGGCUGGCUCUACCCGGUCUACAUCUUCAGCUACAUCUCUCUCCUGAGGAUUAUAUUAACGCCCCAGAAUCCCCUUCGGCAUUUCCUAGGUGUUCUGCUCCAAGACGUGCCUUUCAUCUUCCUUAGACUCAGUUUGAUCAUCGUCCAAGGAACCAUCACACCCGUCCUGGGCCUUUGCAAGAAUGUCCUGGUCAUGUUCUCUUACUUUUACUUCAAUUACUUAACCAAACUUCGGCCUUUCUCCACCUUCGAAACUUCCUUCUAA